AUGCAGUUCAAGCCCUCCGUAUGGGCAGUGCUCCCACUGCUCUUGAAUCUUGGUUCUCCAGUACAAGCAGCUUGCUCAGGUUCUGCCACAAAUCGCGUUGCGAAAUCUAUGCAAAGGUAUAUGGGAUCUGGCGUUGGGAAUUUCAGCAACAAUGUCUACCAAACCGAUUUCGACGGUGUGACCUGGGACGAGGAUAACUGGAUACUGUCGACCACGAAUCUGGAGCAAGGUCAAUUCCAAACCCGAGGCUCUAUCGCGAACGGAUACCUAGGCAUCAACGUUGCCAGUGCUGGACCAUUCUUCGAGGUCGACUCAAUGGAAGAUGGAGGUGAUGGCAUUAGCGGCUGGCCUCUUUUCUCGCGCCGACAGUCAUUUGCGACAAUCGGUGGAUUUUUUGAUGCUCAGGAAAGUACGAAUGGGUCUAAUUACCCGUGGCUGUCCCAGUAUGGCUUGGAUAGUGUGAUCAGCGGGGUUCCCCACUGGAGUGGCUUGAUUUUGGAUCUCGGUGAUGGCACUUACUUGGAUGCGACUGUCGACAACACUACCAUUUCCAACUUCCGCACCACAUAUGACUUCCAAGCUGGUGUUUUGGUCUGGAAGUACACUUGGACUCCCCAGGGCGCGAGUGGCUCUUUCGACAUCACUUAUCGCCUUUUCGCCAAUAAGCUUUGGAUCAACCAGGCAGUGGUCGAUAUGCAGAUUGUAUCGAGCGUUGAUGCCAAUGCCACUGUUGUGAACGUUAUAGAUGGAGCGUCUGCUGUGCGAACUGAUUUCGUCAAAUCUGGUGAAGACGAUGGCGCCAUCUACUCUGCAGUGCGUCCGAAUGGAGUUGCAAAUGUGACAGCCUACAUCUACGCAAACAUAACAGGUCCAGGCUUGGACUUGUCUUCGAGCAAGGUUGUCACUGGAAAGCCAUAUGUUAGCACAAAUGACUCGUCGAUUGCCCAGUCUGUCAGUGUUAGCCUCAAAGCCGGCAAGACAGCCCGUAUCACCAAGUUUGUUGGUGGCGCAUCUUCAGAUGCCUUUGAAGACCCCCAACAAGUAGCCAAAAAUGCUUCUUCUACCGCCCUGCGCAAUGGGUAUCUCAAGUCCCUUCGCUCCCAUGUGACUGAGUGGGCAAAUGUCAUGCCUGACGAUUCAGUCGAUCGCUAUACAUUCCCCAACGGUACCUUGCCUAACGAUACCCUCAUCAUCGAUUCUGCUGUGAUCGCUGUUGCAAACACAUACUACCUUCUUCAAAACACUGUUGGCACCAAUGCAAUCAACUCCUCGUCAUCAACCUCCCUGAAUACUAAUAGUAUCUCGGUCGGUGGUUUGACUUCUGAUUCUUACGCUGGACAAAUAUUCUGGGAUGCCGAUCUCUGGAUGCAGCCGGGCCUUUCGGCAUCUCAUCCUGAGUCCGCUCAAGGCAUCACAAACUACCGUGUGAAGUUGUACGACCAGGCCAAAGAGAACAUUAAAACUUCAUACGCUGGUUCCCAGAAUCAGACCCAGUUUUCCUCGUCCGCGGCUAUCUAUCCCUGGACUAGUGGACGUUAUGGUAAUUGCACCGCCACUGGACCCUGUUGGGACUACGAAUAUCACUUGAAUGGCGACAUUGGCAUGUCUUUCGUCAAUCAGUGGGUCACUACUGGGGACACUCAAUUUUUCAAGGAGAAUCUGUACCCGAUUUACGACUCCGUUGCCACGCUAUACACGGACCUCCUGCAGCGAAAUGGAUCUUCCUGGACUGUCACUAACAUGACGGAUCCUGAUGAGUAUGCGAACAUGGUUGAUGCGGGUGGUUUCACCAUGCCACUUAUUGCCAAGACGCUCACAAAUGCAAAUGCUUUCCGUCAGCAGUUUGGCCUCGAGGAAAACUCGACAUGGGACGAGAUGGCUGAAAAUGUCUUGGUCAUUCGCGAAAACGGAGUGACCCUCGAGUUUACAACUAUGAACGGAAGUGCCGUCGUCAAACAAGCUGAUGUGGUUCUCAACACAUAUCCAUUAGACUACACGUCCAACUACACCACACAAGACUCUUUGAAUGACCUAGACUACUAUGCAGCCAAGCAGUCAUCCGAUGGCCCCGCAAUGACCUGGGCCAUCUUCUCCAUUGUGGCUAAUGACAUGUCUCCGUCUGGCUGCUCAGCUUACACCUAUGCUCAAUAUGCGUUUAAGCCUUAUGCCCGGGCUCCAUUUUACCAGAUGUCAGAGCAGUUGAUCGACAAUUCUACCACAAACGGCGGUACUCACCCCGCAUUCCCGUUCCUCACUGGCCAUGGCGGAUCUAACCAGGUGGUCUUGUUCGGUUACCUGGGACUGCGCCUUUUGCCCGAUGAUAUCCUUCACAUUGACCCGAGCCUGCCAAUUCAAAUUCCCUACCUAAAGUACCGAACAUUCUACUGGCGCGGAUGGCCCAUUUCCGCUUGGUCAAACUAUACCCACACCACCAUCAGCCGUGCAUGCAGUGCCCCCCUCAGUACUGCGGACCAGCGGUUCGCAAACAAGCCGAUCACCAUCAGUGCAGGCUCCGAGUCAAACUCAACAAGCUACCGACUACCAGUGGUAGGUUCCGUGGUUGUCCCGAAUCGUCAGGUCGCGUCCACCAACACCGUCGCCGGAAACAUUGCGCAAUGCAAGCCUGUGGAUUCCCUCGAUUCAUACGAACCAGGCCAAUUCCCUAUCUCGGCAAUUGACGGAGCCGCAUCGACAAAAUGGCAGCCAUCCCUAGCAGCGAAUUGGAGUUCCAUCACAGUCUCUCUAGGCGCGGAAGAAGGGUCAAUGGUAACCGGCUUCUAUUUCGAUUGGGCACAAGCACCUCCCGUCAACGCGACCGUGAUCUUCCACGACAAGAGCAUUGAUGGUACAUUGACUUCCUAUUACCCAUCCAGUGAAAACAUACACUACACAGUCGUGACGACACUCAACGGCAUCGAACUUUCCGAUCCCUAUGAUGCGAAGACCACCAACCUCGAUGCCAUUGCUAUUCCCACGGGAAACACGACCAACAUCACACUCUCUUCUCCAAUCCCAGCUGCGCAAUAUGCAUCGCUUCUCAUUAAGGGAAAUCAAGGUCUUGAUGCUGUUGAUGUGCAGUACAGCAAUGGAACCGGCGCGACGGUUGCCGAGUGGGCUAUCCUCGGCCCGAAUAAUCAGACUUCGCCUGCCUCGAACGAAAAGAGGCAACUGGGGGUGAAGGCGGCGAAAUUUUCUGACCCGGGAUCUAUGAUGCGCCGUCGUCGCGAGUUUUUGGCUCCGCACUAG